ACACAAAAUAUGAGAAUAUUAGUGCAAAAUUUGUUGUUGUUAUAGUUUAUUUUUUAAUAGUUUUUGAUAUCGCAAAUGCAUUAUAUGCACAUAAUCAACGCGACGUCGUGUUAGCAGCGCUUAAUGUUUGGCCAGCGUUUCAUGGAUGACACAUCAUCAUGGGCAAGCUAUUAUCAAAAAUUUUUGGCAACAAAGAGAUGCGAAUUCUUAUGCUCGGCUUGGACGCUGCUGGCAAAACAACGAUUCUCUAUAAACUGAAACUGGGGCAAUCAGUGACAACGAUACCAACGGUUGGCUUUAAUGUGGAAACAGUCACCUAUAAGAAUGUAAAGUUCAAUGUCUGGGAUGUCGGUGGACAGGACAAAAUUCGACCGCUUUGGCGGCACUACUACACAGGUACACAAGGACUCAUAUUCGUUGUUGAUUGUGCGGAUCGAGAUAGAAUAGAUGAGGCGCGCACUGAACUGCAUAGGAUAAUUAAUGAUAGAGAGAUGCGUGACGCCAUUAUACUGAUAUUUGCUAAUAAGCAAGAUUUAGCUGAUGCAAUGAAACCCCAUGAAAUCCAGGAAAAACUAGGCUUAACUAGAAUAAGAGAUCGCAAUUGGUAUGUCCAACCAUCAUGUGCCACAAGCGGCGACGGCCUGUACGAAGGCCUAACGUGGCUAACGUCGAACCAUAAAUUAUGAGAAUCAUAAUUCAACGUAAUUUCUAUAUAUGUAUGGCAUGUAUUAUUAUUCGCAGCGAAACAAAAUUAUUAUAUUUUUUAUUUAAAACACACAAACACAAGAAAACGCCAGACGCAUUGUGAAGAAAAUCCCAAAACAACAAAAACAAAACAAACACACAGAACAGAAAUUAACAGAGUUGAAAAGCAUAUAUUAUAUAGAAAAUAUAUAGAAAGGCGAUAUAUACGUAUAUACGAAUGCGAAUUGAUAUACAUAUUGUAUCUAAAACGCAUAAAUAAUCAUUUAAUAUUCUCACUAGUGAAUGUACACAUAAUAAAUGAUUCAAAACUCAACGUAAUGAUAAAAGCACAGUCACGAAACAUUAACAACAACAACAAAACAAAACAAAACAGAGAAAAUACAUAAAAUAAAAAAGAAAAAUCAGUAUAACAAGAGCAAAAUUAGUUGUUAAGUAAGUUCUUCUUGUAAAUUAUGAUAAUGAGCCACGUAAGCAAUUAAGUUGAAUGCUUGUUUAUUGCAACUGUUAUUUGACUUGAAAACAGAAAGAGAGAGAGAGAGUCGUAAAUAAAAUAAAAAAUAAAUCAAUUGUAAAUAAAU